AUAUAUAUUUACAUAUAAUGGAAAUAAUAAUCAAAACAUUACUUUUUAUUUAUAAUUCUUCAACUAAUGCUCCAAUUAUAAUCAACAAUAUGAAAGAAAGCAACACAAGUAUUAGAACAUUCAAAUAAAUCAAAUAUGAUAUAGCUGAUAUAUGAAGAUAAUUGAGUUCUUUUUUUGUAAGAGGUGCAUAUUGAUAAAAAUUAUGGCUGGAAUAAAAUCUGCUAAAAGUGCUUUACGUAAAAAAAUGAAAGAUAUUAUUACACAACUUAAUACUGAAGAGAAACAAAGACAAUCAAUGAAGGUAUUUGACAAACUAUGUUCUCUACCACAGUUUCAAGAAAGCACGAGAAUUUCCCUAUAUCUAAGCACAAAAGAUGAAAUUGACACAAUUGAAAUAUUAAAAUAUAUAUUUGAAAGAAAAAAAGUCGUAUUUGUUCCUAGGUAUAAAGGAAAAGAAAUGGAAAUGGUUAAACUACUUUCGAUGCAAGAUUAUGAAACACUACCAUUAACCAAAUGGAAUAUUAAACAACCAAAUGUUAAUGAACUUAGAGAAAACGCAUUACAAACUGGUGGAUUAGAUUUAAUACUUAUACCAGGUGUUGCAUUUACUGCUAAUGGCAAGUUUAGUUUGUAUAGAUUAUUUGGAAAAGCUUUAAUUUUUAAAAAUUACAGUAAUAUGUAUUAUCAAUUAGGAAAACGUUUGGGACAUGGAAUGGGUUAUUAUGAUAAAUUUUUGGACUUAUGUUUAAAGAAACAACAAAAAAUACCGCACUUAAUUGCACUGGCAUUUAAUGAACAAUUGUGUGAAGAUAUUCCUACAUCUGAAAAUGAUAUACUUUUGGAUCUUGUACUUACAGAGAAAUAAUUUAUUAUGAGAAAAUUUAAGUUUUGUAUUCAUGUUCUUAAUUUAACUGUAUUUUAUAAUAAAUAAGUUAAAUAUAAAAAUA